UUAACUCUUAACUACUUAGGACACCUGCUGUUAACUCAUAACUACUUAGGACAGCUCACGAGGUGUCAUAAAUUUCUGCCAACUAGGUGGGACUAGAGACUUCAUAAAUAGUUUUAAUUUAUACCCAUAAGUGUAAAAUGUCUUUAUUCUCAGCACUUAUACGACCAAUUUUCUCCUCUGAGACACUUUGUGGAUAUGGACCCAGAUCUCAAAAUAUUGUUAUAAAAAAACAUAGAAUGUUUGUUUUACAUAAUAAUAAAUCAUUCAUAUUACUAAUGUAACCCACUGUAAAGACUGGGUUCAGUUGAUUGUGUUGCACUGCUCAUGUCCGCGUUCUGGAACUGUCCGCGUCCCCGUACAGAACCGUCCGCGUCCCCGUACAGAACCGUCCGCGUCCCCGUACAGAACUGUCCGCGUCCACGUUCGGUGUGGCGCCAAGGAUAUUGUCCGGUUACGCGCAGAGUGGACUGAGGUGAACUUGGGGAAUAACGACGGUGUUUGUUACAGUGUUGAGACACCGAAGUUUACUGUUCAAUUUGCUUUUUUCUUUACGGUCAGGGACAGUAUGAGUGUAGCCAGAUCCUUUUCACUCUCUAUACUUGUUUCAAUUUGUGUUUCACCGGAUUCAUCAUCGAGACGAGGGACAGACGAACGACCUGCUAACUAACCAGCAGCAUCCUAGUUAUCCUAGCUAGUCGGUACAGCUCGGUAAGCUAGCUAGCUACUCUACCAGCAGCAUCCUAGUUAUUCUAGCUAGUCGGUACAGCUCGGUAAUCUAGCUAGCUACUCAACCAGCAGCAUCCUAGUUACCAUAGCUACCACUACAUCAUCACCGGCUCCCCGGUUGUUUCUUCCACCUGUUAAAUCCCGGUGAGGCUUCUCCCUCUCUCGUUGACGGAUGCUGGCUACCUCUGUCCGGUUCUCCUCUCUUCACUAGAUGGACGGUAACUUUAGUGUUUAAACCUCUGUGUCCAAGGACCAAACUUUUGAAUAUUAUUUUCAGGGCGCCUCAAUAGCAGGUAUUGAACCCCGGGUAAAUAAUCACUAGUCAGAACCUCAACCUCAGUAUACAUUCAUUAUAAAAAUCAUCUUAAUAUCUGAUAUUGUGAGUAAAUAACCUCGAGAGUGCGUCUUCCAGCCCUCCAAUAAAUCACAUCAUUCAAACCCUCCCGGUUAGUAAAUGUACCUCAACAUGCCCCCGGAGAGGCAGAGUAACGACACCAGCCUUUUAGCGGGGCUGACAGACUGACUACAACGCUCGCGACGAUAAAUUAAUCUCAUUAAAAAUGACACACUGCUCGCGCGCUGCAACGAGCGUCUAGAAGUCAGUUCUAUUUGUGAAACUCUUCUUAUGUUUCCCCAUCUGAGCUCAGAGUAGAUGAGAGAUGUAAUGUUUGUAUCUGUUGUGUUGAAGUCCAAUCAAGCAGAAGAGACCAGCCUCCCCUGUACCCAGCUGUGUGUCUAUGAAGAGUGAUAAGUCUAUGGAUCAACCUAUAGUGUUUAGAGAGGGAGACUUUUCUACUGAACAAAGAAACCAACAGGAGAGAUCAGAGUCAGAGAUUCUCAGUGGUCAGUCUUCCCAGAGUCAUCAAACAGACCUGGCCUCCAUAUUCAGUUUGCUUGAAGAGAAAAUUAUGACAUUUGUGAAGAACGAGCUGAAGAUGUUCAAGAGGAUUCUUAGUCCAGAACUCCCAGAAGGCUUUGAGAGUCAGAAGCAGGAUAAGGAAGUGGUGGAUGCUGAAGAUGAGAAGCAGGAGAGCAGUGCCAGAGAGGGGGCUCUGAAGAUCACACUGCACAUCCUGAGGAAAAUGAACCAGAAGGAGCUUGCUGACACACUGGAGAAAUAUUCAGAUGAGCUCGCUGUGAUUUGCCAACGUGAACUCAAAUCUAAUCUAAAGAAGAAGUUUCAAUGUGUAUUUGAGGGGAUCGCUAAACAAGGAAACCCAACACUUCUCAAUAAGAUCUACACAGAGCUCUACAUCACAGAGGGUGGAACAGGAGAGGUCAAUAAUGAACAUGAGCUGAGACAGAUUGAGACAACAACCAGGAAACAAGCAAGACCAGAGACUGCAAUCAAAUGUAACGACAUCUUCAAACCCUUAACUGGACAAGACAAACCUAUCAGAACUGUGCUGACAAAGGGAGUCGCUGGCAUUGGAAAAACAGUCUCUGUGCAGAAGUUCAUUCUGGACUGGGCUGAAGGAAAAGCAAAUCAGGAUGUCCAAUUUGUAUUUUCAUUCCCUUUUCGGGAGCUGAAUUUGAUGAAAGAGGACAAACACACUUUCAUUGAACUUCUUAAUCACUUCUCAAUGGAAACCAAACAAUCAGGAAUCUCCAACUACAACAAGUACAAAGUUCUGUUCAUCUUUGAUGGUCUGGAUGAGUGCCGACUGCCCCUAGACUUCCAGAAGAACAAGAUCUGUUGGGACGUCACAGAGUCAACCUCAGUGGAUGUUCUGCUGACAAAUCUCAUCAAGGGAAAUCUGCUUCCCUCUGCUCUCCUCUGGAUAACUACCCGACCUGCAGCAGCCAAUAAGAUCCCUUCAGGGUGUGUUGACCAGGUGACAGAGGUACGAGGGUUCAAUGACCCACAGAAGGAGGAGUACUUCAGGAAGAGAUUCAGUGAUGAGGACCUGGCCAGCAGAAUCAUCUCACACAUAAAGACAUCAAGGAGCCUCCACAUCAUGUGCCACAUUCCAGUCUUCUGUUGGAUUUCUGCAACAGUCCUUGAACACAUGCUGUUGAAACAUAAGAGAGAAGAGAUGCCCAAGACUCUGACUGAGAUGUACACACACCUUGUGGAGUUUCAUACCAAACAGAAGAAUGAAAAGUAUCUUGGGAAAGAAGAGACAGGUCCACACUGGAAUAAAGAGAGCAUUCUGUCACUGGGAAAACUGGCUUUUCAACAGCUUGUGAAUGGCAAUCUGAUUUUCUAUGAAGAAGACCUGAAAGAGGCUGGCAUUGAUGUCAAUGAAGCCUCAGUGUACUCAGGAUUGUGCACACAGCUCUUUAAAGAGGAAUGUGGGCUGUACCAGGACAAGGUGUACUGCUUUGUUCAUCUGAGCAUUCAGGAGUUUCUGGCUGCUGUAUAUGUGUUCCUCUCAUUCAUCAACAACAAUGAGAAUCUCAUGGAUGAACUGCAAACAAUGUUCAGAUACUUUUCGUCGCUCUUCAGAGAGAAGCCUAAAGUUACUGAAGUUACUUUCUACAAGAGUGCUGUGGAUAAAGCCUUACAAAGUGAGACGGGAAACCUGGACCUUUUCCUCCGCUUCCUUCUGGGCCUCUCACUGGAGUCCAAUCAGAAGCACUUACGAGGUCUACUGACAAAGACAAGAAACAGCUCACAGAGCCAUGAAGAAACAGUCAAGUACAUCAAGGAGAAGAUCAGGGAGAAUUCCUCUCCAGAGAGGAGCAUCAAUCUGUUCCACUGUCUGAAUGAACUGAAUGACCAUUCUCUAAUGAAGGAGAUCCAAAGAUACCUAAGAUCAGGAAUUCUCUCAGAAGCUAAACUGUCACCUGCACAGUGGUCAGCUCUGGUCUUUGUGUUGCUGACUUCAGAAAAGGAGCUGGAUGUGUUUGAUCUGAAGAAAUACUCCAGAUCAGAGGAAGGUCUUCUGAGGCUGCUGCCAGUGGUCAAAGCCUCCAGAGCUGCUCUGCUGUCAGGCUGUGGAGUCACAGAGGAAGGCUGUGCUUCUCUGGUCUCAGCUCUGAGGUCAAACCCCUCACACCUGAGAGAGCUGGAUCUGAGUAACAAUGACCUGAAGGAUUCAGGAGUGAAGCUGCUCUCUGCUGGACUGGGGAAUCCCCACUGUAAACUGGAGACUCUGAGGCUGUCAGGCUGUCUAGUCACAGAGGAAGGCUGUGCUUCUCUGGUCUCAGCUCUGAGGUCAAACCCCUCACACCUGAGAGAGCUGGACCUGAGCUACAAUCACCCAGGAGACUCAGGAGUCAGACUGCUCUCUGCUGGACUGGAGGAUCCACACUGCAGACUGGAGAAACUCAAUGUGGAACAUGGUGGAGAGAACAGAAUGAAACCAGGACUUAGAAAAUGUGAGUGUUGA